GUUAUGAUGAGCCAUGAGGAGUGGAAGUGAGAAGUGUAGGAAGAAGAAGAAGAUCAACGCUGACUGGCGCGUGAAGAUGAGACACGUGGAGGAUUGUUUGGACUGGGUAACGCGGGAAUAGUGAUGACUGUUCUUCUGUCUUUGUCGUGUUCCUUGUUUUCCACGUGAUAAAAAUACUUCACUCUCUU